GAUUCAAAUGCCACUGAAUUCUGGGACCAAUUUGAAAAGAAGCAACUGUUAAAACGACAGCAGUAUAAGACAAAUGUCGACAUACAACUAAGUACCUUAAAAGUGAUGAGCACAGCUGCUUCAUAUCAGGAGAAUGAACUAUCGAAACAAAUGGAACUUUUAAGUGAAAAUGAUAAAAAUCGG